CCAGCUCUCCAAAUUACUUUUAAAUGCAUAUUUUGAGGUUUACAUUUGUUUGAACUUUAGUGAUGUGACUAUAAUAAUAAUACGCUUAUGAUUACUGUUAGUGUACUUUUUCAUACAGAGUAGAUACUUCUCACCAUUUUAAAAUGUGUAUUGAUAAUGUGUGUGAAUUUUAUUUAUGUAGAGACCUUGCUUGUGCAAAAAUGAAAAGCAUGAGGCAUAUAGUGAUUCUGACGACUCUCAUAAGCGGUGCGUUUACUGCUCCAUUUGUGAAGGGGGAGCAGGCCAAGAAAAUUUUACGUCUAAAGAGGCAGUCUGGAUACUGGGACCCCAAUUAUGCACAGAACCAAUGGGGUUAUACCUUACAGGAGCAGGCAAAUGAAUACUGGACUGAUUUGAGAACAAAUGCUCAGUAUUACAUGGACAUGGGAAUCCUGGUGUUUGACCGUUCUCUGGCUGAUGAGACCAAUAGGCUCUACAUGGACAUGCUGAGGGAUGUAAGAGCACAGCUGGAUGCACACACAGGCCAACAGUGAUUGAUAUGGACAAAAACGAUCAACUGAUUAAGUCAAUGGCGAGUGCUGAGGCAGCUUUGCUGAUCUCAUGGUUGUGAGCAGAGCAGCUGCCAGUUUUUUGCUCCUGAGGUCUCUAAGAGAUUUCAAUUAGUCUGCAGCAAUGCUUUUCAGCAUAGUAUAAAAUGCUUCUAAAUAAAAUCAAGUAAUCCAUCAUCAAUGUAUUCAUUAUUAAAUAGGUUAUGUAUCAGAUAAAGAA